AUGACCUCAUCGUUGGCUCACUCAGCUCAACGCCUUCUCGAGCAGGUAAUUAUCUGAUACCAUUUUUAUGUCUUGAUUUGUCUAUCAAUCAUUAUAUUUUUUCAGCCUCUACUUCCUCUUGAUCUCAGCUAUUCAACCCUUUAUGGAAUCUACACUGGUGCCAACACAUUCAAUCCCUCCGCUCUACAGUAUCCUGCAACAACCACACUCCCCAUAAAAAUAGAUCCUCAAGAUGUAGAGAAUAAGAUGCCGUUCUUAUCAGAUUACCCUCUAAAUACAAGUUCAGGUGCCUCCCUCGGUCUUCUCGAUUGUUCAACAACAAUAUUACAGUCCAAAUUAGAUAAUCAUCUAGCUUCGAAUGCUUCGGACAGUGAUGGUUGUCUCUCUUCGACUUCAUAUUGCAGUAAUAAGAGUAAAAGCGGAGGUGAGAAAAGAAAAAAGGAGCUGAUCAGAGACCAGGCCUAUUGGGAAAGAAGACGGAAGAAUAACGAUGCGGCCAAGAGAAGUCGAGACUCCAGGCGAAAAAAGGUGAGUCUUCUACGAUAAGACAUGUGUUUUAUUCAAGUAGAGUACAUUGGAAAGAAAGAGGUGGAAUUUAAAUAAUGUAUGAUUACAAAUGGCUGAGAAUACAUACAAGCAAAGUUAUCUCUGUUCUUUUAUGAAGAAUUUUUUAAGCAAGGAUGACCUUUAGACUUUUACUUACAGGAAGAUGAGGUGGCCGUUAGAGCAGCUCUCCUUGAACAAGAAAAUCUCAGACUUCGGUUUGAAGUAGAGCGAUUAAAGACGGAAAUAGAACGACAUCGAGUCGUCGCCCUGAAUUCCAAGAUCCUGAUCAACCCGAGUUUCGAAUCGUUGGCAAGGAUAGAAUGGGACCGAGCCCAGACAUUGACACUGUAG